CCCCAAGCAUUUUGAAAAUGGUCUCAACAUAGAAGAGCACUGCCUGUACUGCUUCAAUGAGAGUAUACAUAUUAUUGCCUUCGACAAUGGGCCUUUUAGUGAUAUGAUUACUAAUUUGAGCGUUAAUAAAUCUCGAAAUACGCAACAUGUUGAGGCUAUAAGGGUGUGGGAGACUGCCCUCUGGAGGGAGAUUAGCUCACAAUCUAGCUUCAGUACUGGGCUAUUGAGAGGAUGUGGUAUCACAUUCACCAGAGUUGGUCUCUCGCUAGUUUUAACAUGUAACAUGGUAAUGACACUACAGGCAUCGACACCCAGAAUCGACAGUCAAGUGCACAAGGAUGACAGGACAAAAGCCAACGACUCGUAG